UAUAAAGUGGCAAAAUCAAAAUGUUGUAAGCUGCUUUCAGUAGUCAGGUUUUUUUAAUUCUUUUUUUUUUUUUUGGGCCAAUUUUAAAAAAAAUUGUAUUUAAUUCAGCAUAAUUUUUUAAAAAAAACAUGAGGCGGCCCAUGCAGUGGUUAUCAGGUCGUCAUCCACCUUAAUUCACACUCCUUGAAGUUGAAACAAACUCUCUCUCUUGUAAUUUUGAAGUGCAAGCAAAGAAAGCCCAUGCCAAACCUACCCAAUCAUCAUCAAAUAUAUUCACUCCUCAAACCCUAAUCUCCACCUUCGUACACACAGCACGUAUCCAUGGAAUUGGAAACCCAACAUUCUCAGCUUCCUGAAGAAGACCCUAACAACAAUUACCAAGCCAAUGUUGACACCUCCAGACCCUUCCGCUCCGUCAGAGAAGCCGUGGCCAUCUUUGGCGACCGCCUCCUUCUUGGAGAAAUGUACUCAUCCCCCAAGCCUAAUGGCAACAAUAUUGUCCAAAGAACUCCUUCAUCGUCAUGGAAGUUGUUGCCGAUGCCGGCUAAUUAUAAAGAAAGCGAAGAUGUUAGCAGUUAUGGUGAUGAGGAGGAGAAUGCAGGUGAUAAAGAAGUUAUGGAUACUCUUAAGAAGCUGGAGGCUGAGCUUGAGGAGACAAAGGUGGAGCUGAAGUUGCUGAAGGAGAGAGAGUCUGAAACCGAGGUGGCGUUGGCCUCCUUGAACGCAGAGCUUCACAAGAACAUGUCCAAGUUGGCUCAGGCUGAGGCAAAUAAUGCAGCAAUGGCUAGCAAUGUACUGCAUGUGACUGCAAGAUCAUCGCCAUUUACCGGUACCAAUCAUGGUUUGAUGAUGGAGGAAGAGAAGAACAAGAGGGAGUGGAUGAUAAGGAUGGAGGAUUCUACCUCUUUGGCUCAGAUAUUGAGCAUUGGCACUCAGAAAAAUGGCGGAGGAAAAAGAGAAAAGAAAAUAAUGAAGAAGAAGCCUAUUGUCCCUCUUGUGCAAGAUUUGUUUUUCUGGAAAAAAGGAUCUUCAACUCCUCUUCGUAACCCUCUUUUUAAUUCUUCUCCACAGCUCUACUAUUGAUGGUGAGAAUAUAUGCGGUUUUCUUCGAUAUAUUUCCUUUCCUUUGUAUUUUUUCUAUUUGUUUUGUUUUAAUUAUUUUCUCCGUCUAGAGUGGAAGAAAAACGUUUCAUGGAGUAUGUCAUGUACUGUAUAUUAAUCCAAUAUAUAUCAUCUAAACUUUUUUUUUUAAAGG